GACACACGUGACAUCGUCGUCAUCGUCGAUAUAUUGACCGCGUCCGGAUUUGUACGUUUUCCAAAAUAAAUCUUUUCGCGCGUUUACUAGUCGUUCUCCUCGUCGCGCGUCGUCGUCGUUGUUGUUAUAGUUCGAAACGUCAUUCUUAAAACUAUGUUCCCCCGGCGGCUGUCGCUUUUUGAGCGACAAGAGUUCAUAAUGAUCGGUGAACGCCUAAACUAUGUUAACACGCCGCACGUUAUCGCCAUGGUCGGACUGCCGGCGCGAGGGAAAACUUACAUUUCGAAAAAACUUUCCCGGUACCUAAACUGGAUCGGUAUCAACACUAAAGUUUUCAACCUCGGAGAAUACCGGCGUCAUGCCACCACGGCGUAUAAGUGCCAUGAGUUCUUCCGUCCCGACAACGUCGAAGCGAUGGCAAUUCGAACGCAAUGCGCCAUCGACGCGCUCGACGACGUCUGCGCGUGGCUGGACAAUGGCGGUGAAGUCGCUGUGUUUGAUGCCACGAACUCGACUAUUGAACGUCGACAAUUGAUAUUGGACAUCGUUGUGAAAAAACGAGGAUUCAAGUUAUUUUUUGUCGAAUCGGUGUGUGAUGACCCAAAAAUAGUCGAACAGAAUAUAAUGGAAGUGAAGAUUAAUAGCCCGGACUACCAGAGCAUGGGUGCUGAUGUGGCCCUCAGGGACUUUUUGCAGCGAAUAGAGCACUAUCAGGAACGGUACGAACCACUAGACGAGGUGACCGAGUCUGAAUUGAGCUUCAUGAAGAUAUUCAAUACUGGAGAAAAAGUGUUGGUGCGGAAGCACGAGGGUCACAUACAGGCGCGGAUCGUCUACUAUCUAAUGAACAUUCAUAUCAUUCCAAGAACCAUUUAUCUUACUAGACACGGCGAGAGCGAAUGGAACAAGGAAGGAAAAAUCGGCGGAGAUUCCCAAUUGUCACCUAACGGUGUCAAGUAUGCAAUCGCAUUGGCCAAUUACAUAAACGAACAGAAUAUCAAAAAUCUUCGGGUGUGGACGUCAUGGCACUACAGGACCAUUCAGACCGCGAGCGGCGUUCAAGCUCCGCAAGAACGAUGGAAAUCGUUGAACGAAAUUGACGCCGGUGUGUGUGACGGUAAAACGUACGCUAUGAUCAAACGUGAGUAUCCUGAGCAGUUCGCAGCCCGUGACAAGGACAAGUUUGCGUACCGUUAUCCUAGAGGUGAAUCGUAUGAAGACCUGGUUGCCCGGCUAGAACCAGUGAUUAUGGAGCUAGAGAGACAGGGAAACGUUCUGGUGGUCAGCCAUCAGGCAGUGUUUCGGUGUUUGCUGGCGUAUUUCUUGGACAAAAACUCAGAAGAGUUACCGUACUUGGAAGUGCCAUUGCAUUCGCUGAUAAAACUCACACCGGUGGCGUACGGUUGUAAAAUGGAGCAAAUCAACUUUCCCAUUGAGGCUGUUAACACGCAUCGUCCUAAGCCCCAGAAUUUGCUUAAAAACCAAAGACACAAACUAAUUAUUUCCAAAGAACCGGGAUUUCUGGAGGACCGAUUCAAGGAUGAUGUGAAAGACAGCGCCGGAGGUGGCGACAGUACGAACGGCAAAAAGGCAAACAACGGAGAUGCCACAUUGCCCACUUAACUUACUAUCCACCACCACGACCACGACCACGACUAUAAUAUUACCAUACUUUUACUAUACCGGGGAUACCGCACCGCCUUCUCUGUAUGUGCGCUUGCCGUCAGAAACGACUUCGUUUCUGCAGUGGAGGUCGUGAUGAAGAAGGCAUCGUCCACGCACUAAAAAUAAAAAAAUAAAUUACCCAUUAUUAUUAUUUAUUGUUUCCGUAUGGGGGAAGGGGAAGAAUGGUGAAUUUCGAUUUUUUUUUUUAUAUAUAAUUUAAUAUUUAAGAAAUAUAUAUAUUUGUGUGUGUGUGUGUGUGUGAUUGUGUGUUUGUAAGCGUGUGUGUAUCUAUAAGUGGAUGAUAUCAAUACAUAUAUUAUAUAACACGCGACAGCAACAAACUAUCCGAAUUUGACUAAUAUACCCGUGUAUAUAUUUUAUUUUAAUAAUAUAUGUAUAUACAUGUGUAAAAAUUUUUUCGAUUUUUAAAAGCUACUUAAUUUUUAGACGGUAUUGUAAGUACAGUUUUACUUUAUUACAAUCAGUUUUACAUUGUAUAAUAAUAUAAGUAAGUAACAUAUACAAACGUCGUAAACCACACAUUACCAUUAAAAUAUUUAUCGGUACCUACAAAAUUUACUUAAUUGUUUUUUUUUUUGGUAAACUUUUUACUUUCUGUUUUUUUGAUUUCAUAGUUAAAGAAACAUAAUUUACUAUUAUAAUAAGGAAAUUGUCUGUCAUCUUAUCGUAUAAGCUUGCUUUGUAAAUGGAAAAAUAACAAUAUUUUUUCAAAAGCAUUCUUCAAAUAAACAUCGCCUAUACUAUAGGCCAUAUAGCAUAUGUUA